AUGAAGUACAUCGUGGGCAUCGGAGGCAUGACCAAUGGCGGCAAGACUACCCUGACCAACAGCCUCCUCAAGGCGCUGCCCAACUGCUGUGUGAUCCACCAGGAUGACUUCUUCAAGCCCCAAGACCAAAUAGCAGUUGGGGAGGACGGCUUCAAACAGUGGGACGUGCUGGAGUCCCUGGACAUGGAGGCCAUGCUGAGCACCGUACAGGCCUGGGUGAGCAGCCCCCGGAAGUUUGCCCGCGCCCACGGGGUCAGCGUCCGACUGGAUGCCUCAGACACCCACAUCCUCAUUCUGGAAGGCUUCCUGCUCUACAGCUACAAGCCCCUGGUGGACUUGUACAGCCGAAGGUACUUCCUGACUGUCCCCUACGAAGAGUGCAAGUGGAGGAGAAGUACGCGAAGCUACGCGGUCCCUGAUCCCCCUGGCCUCUUCGACGGCCACGUGUGGCCUAUGUACCAGAAAUAUAAGCGGGAGAUGGAGGCCAAUGGUGUGGAAGUGGUGUACCUGGAUGGCAUGAAGCCCCGCGAGAAGCUUUUCCACCAGGUCCUGGAAGACAUUCAGAACUCACUCCUGAACCGCUCCUAG